AUGGAGCUCCGGAUUCGGGUACUGUUCACUUCAAUCUGCCAAACCGAUCUCACAUAUUGGCGCAGCCAGGAUGAAGCUCAUCGGAUUUUCCCUCGGAUUUUUGGUCAUGAAGCUUCUGGUGUGGUGGAAAGCGUGGGAGAAGGUGUGAGCGGUCUGGAAAUAGGAGACCAUGUUGUCCCCAUUUUCAACGACGAAUGUGGCAAAUGUGUCUACUGCAAUUCAAGCAUGACCAAUCUAUGCGAGAAAUUCAGAGUGGACACAACGAAAAGCACGAUGGCGAGCGACGGCAAGUGCCGGUUUUCAACGGAAGAGGGGAAGCCCAUCUUCCAUUUCCUCAACACUUCCACCUUCAGCGAAUAUACGGUGGUUGAUUCGGCUUGUGUGGUUAAGAUUGAUCACGAAGCCUCCUUGAAGAAAAUGUCUCUCCUUAGUUGUGGAGUUUCUACGGGUGUGGGAGCUGUUUGGAAUACGGCAGACCUGGAGGAGGGGUCUACUGUCGCUGGUUUCGAUCUUGGAGCUGUGGGAUUGGCUGUGGUAGAGGGGGCAAGGGUACGUGGGGCAUCUAGAAUUAUUGGAGUGGACAUCAACUCAGACAAACAAAUCAGAGGCGAAGCAAUCGGUAUCACAGAUUUUAUAAAUCCCAAGGAUUUGGACAUGCCAGUUCACCAGGGGUGGGGUUUGACGGUACUUUUAGGUGUACAUCCAUCACCAAGAUUGCUACCUCUGCACCCAAUGGAGUUGUUUGAUGGGAGAAGGAUAGUGGCUUCAGUGUUUGGUGACUUCAAAGGAAAAUCUCAACUGCCUCAAUUUGCCUACCACUGCACUAAAGGGGUGGUGAAGUUGGAAGAAUUCAUCACACAUGAAAUGCCAUUUUCCAAGAUCAAUGAUGCCAUGCAAUUACUCCUUGAUGGCAAGUCCUUGAGAUGCGUUCUACACCUUUGAAUGCAUGUUGUUACAUAAUAGCAAUGUGGAUAUACAUAUGCAUGGUUGCUGUUAUAUUUACUAGUUUGGUGUGUCUGUGAAUCCCUUGUGAGUCUAGCCUAUGCUCUUCGUAUGCAUGCUUCUAUCAACUGAGCUUUUUAUCGAGUUGUAAUUAACGGAUGAUUUAUUAACGGAUGAUUUAUUUAUCA